AAUUCUGAGAUUAUUCAUGGAGAAAUGUUCACACCUUUUGAAAAUACUGAGCUUCUUCAUGGAGAAAUCUUCACCACUCCUGACACAUCCACGAUGCCGACAGUGACGAAAUGUCCAACAGCAGCUCCAUCAGCCACUUCCUCCUGCUGCCAUUGGCAGACACACGGCAGCUGCAGCUCCUGCACUUCUGCCUCUUCCUGGGCAUCUCCCUGGCUGCCCUCCUGGCCAACGGCCUCAUCAUCAGCGCCGUAGCCUGCAGCCACCUCCUGCACACGCCCAUGUUCUUCUUCCUGCUCAACCUGGCCCUCACCGACCUGGGCUCCAUCUGCACCACUGUCCCCAAAGCCAUGCACAAUUCCCUCUGGGACACCAGGAACAUCUCCUAUUCAGGCUGUGCUGCACAGAUCUUCAGGGCUGUGCUGAGGAUCCCAUCUGAGCAGGGACGGCACAAAGCCUUUUCCACCUGUCUCCCUCACCUGGCUGUGCUCUCCCUGUUUAUCAUUACUGACACAUUUGUCUACCUGAAGCCCCCCUCCAUCUCAUCCCCAGCAAUGGACCUCAUGGUUUCAGUUCUGUACUCGGUGGUGCCUCCAGCCCUGAACCCCCUCAUCUAUAGCCUCAGGAACCAGCAGCUCAAGGAAUCUCUCAGGAAAGCCAUGACUGGAUGCUUUUCAGUCUUUUUAUUUUCGCCUAACAGCCCUCCCAGUGUUUUGCAGGGGACAGAAAGGAGCUGGAAACGCACCCCUGGUUUGACUCCUGCUGCACAGGCCUGGCACAGCAUCAGUUCUUUCUCUCAGCGUUCUGCCUCCAUUGAGAGCCUGCGAGUGGGUAAGAUCCUGGGAAGGGACAAAGCCAGGCCAGUGCCCCAAAUUAACCAAAGGGAUAUUCCAGACUGUAUGACAUUAGUUCCGGUGUAAAAGCUAAGGAAAAAGGAGGAACAGGAGGCAUUCCCUAUCUACAGUGCAUUCCUUCUUGAUCAGCCACUCCU